AUGGACGUCAUGAUGGACUGGGAUAUCAUGGACAUCUUCAACUUCCACACCGAAGACCGAGAGCUGGACAUAGACAUCCAAUCUAUUCUACUGAGUGAAUCAAGCUACGGUACAAUACUCUCGCACACUGAGGACGAUCUCAUGGGCCCAACAGCGGAAUGCCUCACAACAAACCCUGAACAACCCGAUUCCGAUCCAUCAAGGCAACUCGCAGUGGUCCAUUCAUCUUCAUGUUGGAAACCCUCCAAAUGCACAACUCCGACGUCCGAGCUUCACAACUCCGUGGACUGUGAUGAACUAACUCCCGCCAUGCUAAAGGAGGCCAGUGAAACGGAGACCCUGUACAAGGGCCAUUCUUCAAUUGUUCCGCCAGACAUGUGCUCCAGGGAUUCGAAUCCGUGUGAUAACAACAAUCUCCGACCAUGUCCUCACUGUAACAAACACUUCCCGUGUCGAUCUACGCUCGACCAACACCUGCGACGACAUACGGACGAAAAGCCUUUCCAGUGCGCCGAAUGUCCCAAAGCGUUCCGACUCUCAUCCACACUGUCCGCACACAAGAAGCUGCAUGACCAAAGAGGACCCAGUCUGCGGUGUGAAACGUGUGGACGAGUCUUCACACAGCCCAGUGCCCUGUCGAGCCAUCGGCUGCUUCAUCGGACGGAACGGCCACAUUGUUGCAAUCUUUGUGGAAAACAGUUUGUCCGUUUGCACGCCCUCAAGACACAUGUCCUCAGUCACGCCAACGAACGACCUUUCGCGUGUGAUCUGUGCGGAAAAACGUUCGCCGAAAAGCACGUCCUUGUGCGCCACCGGAAGACGCACAGCGACGAACGACCGCACGAGUGUGAGGUAUGCUCGAAAGCCUUCAAGGAACGGUAUGACCUACUACGGCACACGCUCAUCCACAGUGGAUUGCGACCCCACAAGUGUCCCGAUUGUUCGAAAACUUUCAUCCAGUCCAAUGCACUGGCGAAGCAUCGGAAGUGUCAUGAACGGGAACGCAUUCUUGGCCACCAGAUGGAUACGGUGGCCUUUUCUGUGACUAGAACGGAAACUACGUGUUGUUAG